ACAAUGUGCACGGAGUAGCCAUCCCAAGCUGUUUCCAGGCAAUUGGUCAGAUUUCUUCAGCAGCAGUUCAUAGGCAUCCAGAAAGACUCCAAGCGAGCCUGAAAAUCAUACAUAAGUAGUGCACCAAGCACCAACAUCCGGGAUGAAGAUCAACGAGCACACGGCACUUCUAACACCCAAAGUACUUCUGGUCCCGUACGCGACUCAUCAUGUCCCCACUUACCACAACUGGAUGCAAGACCCUGAUCUCCAGACCGCGACGGCCUCGGAGCCUCUCACCUUAAGAGAGGAAUACGAGAUGCAAGAGUCUUGGCGCAGGGAUGCUGACAAGCUCACCUUCAUCGUUUGCACGCCGCCACUGACAGAGCGUGAACAUAUCACCGCGGGACAAGAGGACGCACCAGGGAGCAUGGUCGGUGAUGUAAAUAUGUUCUUGGAUCCAGACGCGGAGGAUGAAAGGGCUGGAAACGGCGAUGGGGCACAGGCGCUAAUCGGCGAGAUUGAAAUCAUGAUUGCGGACAGAGCGCAACAAGGGAAGGGUUUGGGCUGCGAGAUUCUGUUGGCGUUCAUGUGGUAUAUUCUGCAAACACGGACGCUCGGGAUGAAGGAAUAUCACUGCAGCAACCCAAAUGGGAGAGAGAACAGCAGCCUAAGAUACCUGCGCGCGAAGAUCCACAAAGAUAACGUCCGAAGCACCAAGCUUUUUGAAGGCGUAGGCUUCAGCAAAGUAAGCGAGACGCCGAACUACUUUGGCGAAAUAGAGCUCAGGUGGACCAUUGGUGAAGACCCACUCAAGGACGUCGAGACAAGGAUGGAUGCGAUUCCUCGGGUGUUAGCGUUCAAGUCGUGAAGCAGAUAUUUGUUCUGCUACAUAGUUAUCGUUAUGGUACAUGAUAGCCUUGUUCGGGCAGCGACCCGUAACCCUUCAGG